CAUCACCCUUCAAAGAUGUCUUACUAUCAACCAUCUUGUGUUGCCCCCUCCUACGACUCUACUCCUCUGUUUGGGUUUGGGUCCUCUGGUUGCAGAGUCAAUGGUCUUGGCAAUGGAAGUCUUGGCUAUGGCGGUUUCGGCUAUGGUGGUCUCGGCUAUGGUGGAUACGGCAAUGGAUCUGGUAGUGUCACAUCUUCCGCAGAUCUGGGCACCCUGUCUGGAGUCACCCCGAAUCCUAUCAACCAGCUUCCUACCUCUGAAUGCGUGAUCAACCUAUCUCCUGUUGUUGUGACCAUCCCUGGGGCUAUUUUGUCCUCAACCUGUGAGCCACUUCUUGUAGAUGGCAAUACUCCUUCUGCCGUUGGGGGUUAUGGUCUGUCAGGAGGUCCAGGGAGCAGCAGCUUCUCUGGCAGGAUUGGUAGUGGAUAUCUUGGAGGAAGAAAGGGUUUCCCAGGCCAGUAUGGGAACAUAUGUCCCUAAAUCUCUUAAAUUCGCGAAGAACAUCCCUUUGAGAACGACCAAGGACUGGAUACCCUGCUGAAUCUUCUAGGCUUCUGGAGCUGAAUUGGAAGAAUCUCUACCCAUGUUGGACUCUCUCUUUUUCUGCAUUUUCCUCCCACUGACACCUGACCAGCUUAAUUCUAUUCCCAGCGAAUGUCCUUAAUGCUCUUUAUAAAACUGUCAUGCUUUCCAACAUUUUCAAUAAAGUAUA